AAACUUUCCAGACGAUCGUGAAUUGUGAGUCUGGCCAAAGAUUGACAAUCAUUGGUGCCGAAGAUGACCGAGCAGUCAUGGGAAUGGCAUCUUUUUACUCAAUCUUCUUCUUUUUUUAAUCUUCUCCCAUUGUUGUUGUACCACCGAAAGCUGAACAGCACAGAAAGGGAUUGCUUUGUUGUACUGGUACCAAAGGAACCCAACAGCCAUCUGCUAGCUAGCUAGUACCGAUACGAGAAGAAGCCUGGACAACCGAAGCCUUGACAACCAAGCUGUUUGAAAGUCCAAACAGUCGUCACUUGGCAGUCUCCUCUAUCUUGAUUUAUCUUCAUUGUGCGGCUUGGCGGCGGCCAUAACAAUACCAAUAGCAUCCAUCAUGAGGAGUUCUACCCAGUUUCUCCGAAUGCUCUAUUCUGCAGUCCUGCUUCUGCUGCUUCUGUCCCCAACAGUCGAGGGUCAGCAAUAUGACGGAGAAUAUCUAAUUUACGAUUUUGCAUUCUCCUUUGCCAGGGGAGAGUUUCCAGACUCGGAUCCUUCCGUCGAUCAAAUGAACCUCUUUCUGUGUGCGCAUAAUGCCUACUACACGGAUCGAUUCCGGUUUGGUCUUGGCAAUGAUUCUGUCCUGUUUGAAUCCAUCCACAUUGAUUGGGAAUUGACCGCCAGUACUCGUACAUUGGACAUUCAACUGGCGGCAAAUGUGACGGCGCUCGAUGGGACGGACAUUCAUGCCGAUGCCAUUUCCAGUGUCAUGUUGGGUGUGGAUUUUGGAAUUGACGAUGUCGACUAUGUGGAACAGGUGCUUUGGCCACUGGGAGAUAUUUGGGCUCAAGUCAACUCCAUCAAUAGUGAUCGGAAUCCGGGAGUUCCACAGCAACCGGGAAAGAUGGAGCGGGCUGAUUGCGAGGGAUUGACGCAACCACCACCUCCCGAGGGAGAUAAUUCCAAUGCAGCAGCUGCAGACGACAACAGCGAUCCUGGAGCUGGAGCUGUCACCCGACCUACUAGUGGAGAAACUGGGGAUGGCAACGACGACAGCGACGGUAACGGCAUGGUUAGCCGGCCAACAGUGGCAACCACGCUAGUUCCAACGAUGGUGACCACGACUCCACCGUCGGUGAUGGCUUCCCCUACUAGUGCCGCUGACAGCAUUGUCUACUUCAGCCUGGAGUAUGGAUUUUCUCCUGGCCAGGCUCGAGAUCCUGCAGUGGAAGAGAUUGAAGGCUUGAUUUGUCAAACCAACCUCUUCUUUCAGGAAAUGCUGCAAAAUUACACGGAUGAUUCAUCGAUUCAGGUACUAGCAACCAACAUUGACUGGGUUUAUUUGGCUGAUGAACUGGAACCUGUCAAGGUCAAUUUCACAGCCAAUGCUACUGAUGGGAAUGGCAAUGCUGUGUCUGUAGAAACUGUUAUUGGUGCAGCUGGUGAGGCAGUCACAACUGGACAAAUCUUUGUAUACAUGAUGGAGUAUUUGCGGGCCACAGGUUCAGACAAUGUGUUCCAGCACACCGAAACUGUAAACUUGGAAGGUACUGCUGUUGAUGUCACGAAUGUGCCUGUCGGGCAGCUCAUGAGUGUGACCUGCCCUUCAGCAAUGCCUUCCAUGACGCCAACAAUCUCCUCAGCACCAACGGUGUCCAUGGCACCAACUUCUGUCAGAGACCAGAUGGUCCACUUCAACCUGGAGUACGCCAUGUCUCCAGAGCAGGUACGGGAUCCUACACAGGAAGACAUUGAGGAUUUGAUCUGCAAGACCAACCAAUACUUUCGUGACAAGUUGAAGAACUAUACAGGUGAUACAACCAUUCAAUCAGAAGCCAUGUACAUUGACUGGGCCUAUGCAGCAGAUGAUGCACUGCCUGUCAAGGUCAACUUCACUGCCAAUGCUACCUAUGGCAAUGGUAACAUUGUUCCUGAACAAACAGUUUUUGAUGGUUUGCAAGUUGCAAUGGAUGAUAUCAUUCUCUACAUUGAAGAGUAUGUUUGGGGAACAGAUUCUGACAAUGUGUUCUUUUACACCGAGGCUGUGAACUUCACAAGUCAUGUAGAUCUUCCUGUUUCUUUUUGGCAGCUGGAAACUGUGAGUUGCCCAGAAACACCCAUGCCUUCCUCAAUGCCUUCCAUGAUGCCAACAAUCUCCUCGGCACCAACCGUGUCCAUGGCACCAACUUCUGUCAGAGAUCAGAUGGUCUACUUCAGCCUGGAGUAUGGAUUUGUUGCAGGUGAAGCUAGAGAUCCCAAACAGGAAGACAUUGAGGAUUUGAUCUGCAAGACCAACCUUUACUUUGGUGAUAAGUUGAAGAACUAUACGGGUGAUACAAACAUUCAAUCAGAAGCCAUGUACAUUGACUGGGCCUAUGCAGCAGAUGAUGGACUGCCUGUCAAGGUCAACUUCACUGCCAAUGCUACCUAUGGCAAUGGUGAAAUUAUUCCUGAACAAACAGUUUUUGAUGGUUUGCAAGUUACAAUGGAUGAUAUCAUUCUCUACAUUGAAGAGUAUGUUUGGGGAACAGAUUCUGACAAUGUGUUCUUUCACACUGAGGCUGUAAACUUCACAACUCAUGUAGAUCUUCAUGUUUCAUUUUGGAAGCUGGAAACUGUGACUUGCCCAGAAACACCCAUGCCUUCCUCAAUGCCUUCCAUUCGUGUCAUGCCUUCCGUUGGUGCCACUCCUACCAAUCAUCCAUCCAUGCCAUCUAUUGCUCCGUCAAUGUCACAUCAGCCAUCUAUUGCUCCUUCAUUCUCACAUGCCCCAUCCAUUUCCGCUUAUUCUACUCUUCGAUUCACCUUCCUGGUUUCCAAUUUGGAUGGAAUUGAGGAUCCCUAUCAAGUUCUUGACAAGGGUCUGUCUUUGUCAUGGGAGAUCCUUGUUGAGAAAAUUGUGCGUGAGAACCAGAACAACAUUUUCCAACGCCAUAUGCUUGGGUUUGGCCAAAGAUUGCUACGAGUGGAUUAUAUUGGGGGAAGUGCGGUUAUUGAGCCAGGCUCUAUCAAUCUAUCAGAGUGCCCUCCUGAAUCUGAUUCGCGUGCAACCUGUCACAAUGUUGUUGCCUGGUAUUCCCUGUGGAUAGUUGAUGAGGAGGAUCCAAAUAGGCUGAAAGCCGAGAUCACAGCCAUCACUGAUACUUCAAUAAGAGAUGGGACCUUUCAGAGUGUUCUGGAUAACGUAUAUUCGAUUGAUACACCACUGAGGAUUGGCACGAUAGUUGCAAGUCCAUCAACAAGUCCAUCUACAAGUCCAUCAACAAGUCCAUCAACAAGCAAUCUGCUGCCUUCAUCAAGUCCUGCAGGGCGACCAACCCUACCUCCCAACGCUGGACCUGUCACCAAAAUACCUGUUGGAUUCGGAUUCCUAGUUUCCAAUUUGGAUGACAUCACCAAUCCUAACGAAGUCAAUGCCAGUGGCAUUUCUGCCUCUUGGCCAGUCUUCGCUGAUGAAGUUGUGUUCAACAUAACGCGCAACAGACAAAAUAGUAGAGGCAAUGCUCGCCACUUGUGGGGAAAUGGACGCAGGCACUUGUUGGUGUACGGGGGGGUUGAACCUGGAACCUCAACUAUUGAUACUCUUGUUCUGGCAGAGUGCCCUGCAGACUAUCAUCCAGAUUCUACCUGUCACAAUGCAGUUGCAUUUUAUGUUCUGUUGGCCUAUGGUGCAUUUCACACGGAAGCACUCAAGGCAGAGUAUGCUAUCAUCACAGGAGAAGCUAUCAACAAUGGAACCUUUCAGGGGGUCAUGGAAAAGGAGUACAUUAACAGUCCUCUGUUCAUUGGCACAGCUCCGGUUGGAAAGGAUGUUGCUACUGAUGAGGCUGUGGAGGAGGACAAGUUUCCGGGAUGGGCAAUUGCUUUGAUAGUCAUUGCUGCCCUACUUUGUUGCUGUUGUUGUCUUCCGGCACUUCUGUACUUCGCUUCUCGGAACAAGCAAGGUCACGUCGGCACCUACCCCGAGGCAGACGAGGAUUGCGAAGUCCAUGACGUAUCGAAUGAGAUGGACUAUCCGAGUGAAGUCAAGGGCAAGAGUGUUGAUGGAGGGGAAGACAGUUCGAUAGAAGACGCAUGUACAGCCUCAAGUGACGGCAGAGAACCCAAUACGAUCGUUUCCAGCCAUUUGGAACAAAGGCAGGGCGAUGGAGACAAGACAAAAAGUGACGAUUUUGGUUACGAAUCGAACAACGCUUCAGAUGAUAUUGGGGGCUCCGCUGACUUGUGGGAUGAAAACACGGAUGAAGAAAUGGCUUCAAGAAUUGGAGGGAACAAUUCUUUUGCCAAAGAGUCGGAGCAAUUGCUUCUUGGCAAGCAAAACGACGAAUUGGUAAGCGAGCCAAUCUGGACCGAUUUCGAAGACGCUGGCGACGCGCUUCCUUUGUUUGAGGGAGGGGGGGCUGAAGCUGAUGGGGAGCUUGACGAAUCUUUGGCCGCUUCGAUAGGGCAAAGUGAAUACGCCGUAGAAGCUCAGCGUGCCCUUCUGCAGAAAGGGAGCCAAGAAGACUUGGGCGAGCCCUUCGUGACUGACGACGAGUACGAGUAUCAGGAUGAAGGGGAUAGUCCCUUCGAACUAUUGACAUCGUACGACACGAAUGCCACCCUCGACGAGGAGUUGGCUUCCGCUGUAGGGACAAGUGAAUCAGCGCAACGCUGGAAUCGCCUGCUCUUGGAACGGGGCAACGAUGAGACUGUGACUCAACCAUUCGACAGUGGAAGAGAUGCCCACGAUAAUUUGAUUGGUUCCAAACAGGGCGAACUGGUUCAUCGACCUGAUAAAGGAACGGGGAGCAAUGAUGACAGUCAUGGAACGGGCAGCAUUGUAGCAGUGGCCCACGCAGUCCCACUCACUCACGAAGAUGAAGCUCCAGGGCUGGCUGAGACUUCAGAGUAUUCCACAAUGAUGAGCACAGCCACCAUACCGGUAGGCACAGCUACCUCAAACACCCCAUCCACUUUUGCUCCACCUGGCCACCCCCCUCUUGAACAAACCAGCCAACCGCUGGGCCACCUUUCAGAGCAAACCUACCAAUCAACAGAACGAAGUCCCUCGGAUCCCGCUGCGUGUAACAGCAUUCCCUCCGUGUUCAGGCCUCCUGCCUAUAAUCCAAGUUACAACGGACCCACUUCUGGAAGAAUCUGAAGUUUGAAUCGAUAACUUAACUCCUUGAACUAAUUCGAGACCCCGUGGGGUCAACCGCUACUCCUU